CGGUUAGCCACGUGGACCGAUUCCCGGCGCGUCGUCUUCACGUGGUUCCAGCGCCGGCUGGGGCUUGCGGCGCUCCACCGCUUGUCCGUGCUCGGCCCUGCCUCUAAGCGCCGUUCCCAUGGCGGCCCUGGUGUUGGAGGACGGGUCGGUCCUGCGGGGCCAGCCCUUUGGGGCCUCUGUUUCGACUGCCGGGGAAGUGGUGUUUCAGACCGGCAUGGUGGGCUACCCCGAGGCCCUCACUGAUCCUUCCUACAAAGCACAGAUCUUAGUCCUGACAUAUCCUCUGAUCGGCAACUAUGGCAUCCCCCCAGAUGAAGUGGAUGAGUUCGGUCUCAGCAAGUGGUUUGAAUCCUCAGAGAUCCACGUGGCAGGACUGGUGGUAGGAGAGUGCUGCCCCACGCCCAGCCACUGGAGUGCCACCUGCACUCUGCAUGAGUGGCUGCAGGAACAUGGCAUACCUGGCCUGCAAGGAGUGGACACUCGGGAGCUGACUAAGAAGUUGCGGGAGCAAGGGUCUCUGCUGGGGAAGCUGAUCCAGAAUGGGACAGAGCCUUCAGCCCUGCCGUUCUUGGACCCCAAUGCCCGCCCCCUGGUGCCAGAAGUCUCCCUUAAGGCCCCACAGGUAUUGAAUGCAGGGGGUGCCCCUCGGAUCCUUGCUUUGGACUGUGGCCUCAAGUAUAAUCAGAUCCGAUGCCUCUGCCGACGUGGGGCUGAGGUCACUGUGGUACCCUGGGACCAUACAUUAGACAGCCAGGACUAUGAGGGUCUCUUCCUAAGUAAUGGCCCUGGUGACCCCGCCACCUGUCCCAGUGUGGUAUCCACACUGAGCCGUGUCUUAUCUGAGCCUAAUCCCCGACCUGUCUUCGGGAUCUGCCUGGGACACCAGCUGUUGGCCUUAGCCAUUGGGGCAAAGACUUACAAGAUGAGAUACGGGAACCGAGGCCAUAACCAGCCAUGCCUGCUGGUGGGCUCUGGACGCUGCUUUCUGACAUCCCAAAACCACGGGUUUGCUGUGGAAACAGACUCACUACCAACCGGCUGGGUUCCUCUCUUCACCAAUGCCAAUGAUCAUUCCAAUGAAGGCAUUGUACACAACAACCUGCCCUUCUUUAGUGUGCAGUUUCACCCAGAGCACCAAGCUGGCCCUUCAGAUAUGGAGCUGCUUUUUGACAUCUUCCUGGAAACUGUAAAAGAGGCCACAGCUGGGAACCCUGGGGGCCAAACAGUUCGAGAACGACUGAUUGAGCGCCUGUGUCCCCCUGGGAUCCCUACCCCAGGCUCUGGGCUUCCAUCACCCAGAAAGGUUCUGAUCCUGGGCUCAGGGGGCCUCUCCAUUGGCCAAGCUGGAGAAUUUGACUACUCAGGCUCUCAGGCGAUCAAGGCCCUAAAGGAGGAAAACAUCCAGACACUGCUGAUCAACCCCAACAUUGCCACAGUGCAGACCUCCCAGGGGCUGGCUGACAAGGUCUAUUUCCUUCCCAUAACACCUCACUACGUAACCCAGGUGAUCCGUAAUGAACGUCCUGAUGGUGUAUUAUUGACUUUUGGGGGCCAGACAGCUCUGAACUGUGGUGUGGAGCUAACCAAGGCUGGAGUGCUAGCUCGGUAUGGGGUCCGCGUCCUGGGCACACCUGUGGAGACCAUUGAACUGACUGAGGAUCGGCGAGCCUUUGCCGCCAGGAUGGCAGAGAUUGGGGAGCAUGUGGCCCCCAGCGAGGCAGCAAAUUCUCUUGAACAGGCCCAGGCAGCAGCUGAGCGACUGGGGUACCCUGUGCUGGUGCGUGCAGCCUUUGCCCUGGGUGGCCUGGGCUCCGGCUUUGCCUCCAACAGGGAGGAGCUCUCUGCUCUCGUGGCCCCAGCUUUUGCCCAUACCAGCCAAGUGUUGGUGGACAAGUCCUUGAAGGGAUGGAAAGAGAUUGAGUAUGAGGUGGUGAGAGAUGCCUAUGGCAACUGUGUCACGGUGUGUAACAUGGAGAACUUAGACCCACUUGGCAUACACACUGGUGAAUCAAUAGUGGUGGCUCCAAGCCAGACACUGAAUAACAGGGAGUACCAGCUUCUGCGGCAGACAGCUAUCAAGGUGACCCAGCACCUGGGAAUCGUUGGGGAGUGUAAUGUGCAGUACGCCUUGAACCCUGAGUCUGAACAGUAUUACAUUAUUGAAGUGAAUGCUAGGCUCUCCCGCAGCUCUGCCCUGGCCAGCAAAGCUACAGGCUAUCCUCUGGCUUAUGUGGCAGCCAAGCUAGCUUUGGGCGUCCCUCUACCUGAGCUGAGGAACUCUGUGACGGGGGGAACAGCAGCCUUUGAGCCUAGCCUGGAUUAUUGUGUGGUGAAGAUCCCUCGCUGGGACCUCAGCAAGUUCCUGCGUGUCAGCACAAAGAUUGGGAGCAGCAUGAAGAGUGUUGGUGAAGUCAUGGGCAUUGGGCGUUCAUUUGAGGAAGCCUUCCAGAAGGCCCUGCGCAUGGUGGAUGAGAACUGUGUGGGCUUCGAUCACACAGUAAAGCCAGUCAGCGAUAUAGAGUUGGAGACCCCGACAGAUAAGCGGAUCUUUGUGGUGGCAGCUGCUCUGUGGGCUGGUUACUCAGUGGAACGCCUGUAUGAGCUCACACGCAUCGACCGCUGGUUCCUGCACAGAAUGAAGCACAUCGUGGCGCACACCCAGCUGCUGGAACAGCACCGUGGGCAGCCUCUGUCCCCAGACCUGCUGCAGCAGGCCAAGUGCCUUGGCUUCUCAGACAAGCAGAUUGCCCUUGCAGUUCUGAGCACAGAGCUGGCUGUUCGCAAGCUGCGUCAGGAACUGGGGAUCUGCCCAGCGGUGAAGCAGAUUGACACGGUGGCAGCUGAGUGGCCAGCCCAGACAAAUUAUCUGUAUCUGACAUACCGGGGCACAGCUCAUGACCUAACCUUUCGAACACCUCACGUCCUGGUCCUUGGCUCUGGCGUCUAUCGCAUUGGCUCUAGUGUUGAGUUCGACUGGUGUGCCGUAGGCUGCAUCCAGCAGCUCCGAAAGAUGGGAUAUAAGACCAUCAUGGUGAACUACAACCCAGAGACAGUCAGCACGGACUAUGACAUGUGUGACCGACUCUACUUUGAUGAGAUCUCUUUUGAGGUGGUGAUGGACAUCUAUGAGCUAGAGAACCCUGAAGGUGUGAUCCUCUCCAUGGGUGGGCAGCUGCCCAACAACAUGGCCAUGGCUUUGCAUCGGCAGCAGUGCCGGGUGUUGGGCACCUCCCCGGAAGCUAUCGACUCAGCUGAGAACCGUUUCAAGUUCUCCCGGCUCCUCGACACCAUUGGGAUCAGCCAGCCUCAGUGGAGGGAGCUCAGUGACCUAGAGUCUGCUCGCCAGUUCUGCCAGACUGUGGGGUACCCCUGUGUGGUGCGCCCCUCCUACGUGCUGAGCGGCGCGGCAAUGAACGUGGCCUACACCGAUGGAGACCUUGAGCGCUUUCUGAGCAGCGCGGCAGCCGUUUCCAAGGAGCACCCGGUGGUCAUCUCCAAGUUCAUCCAGGAGGCCAAGGAGAUUGAUGUGGAUGCUGUGGCCUGUGACGGUGUGGUGGCAGCCAUCGCCAUCUCCGAGCAUGUGGAGAAUGCAGGUGUGCACUCAGGUGAUGCCACCCUGGUGACCCCACCGCAGGACAUCACUGCCAAAACCCUGGAGCGAAUCAAAGCCAUCGUGCAUGCUGUGGGCCAGGAGCUACAGGUCACAGGCCCCUUCAAUCUGCAGCUCAUUGCCAAGGAUGACCAGCUGAAAGUUAUUGAAUGCAACGUGCGUGUCUCCCGCUCUUUCCCCUUCGUCUCCAAGACACUGGGUGUUGACCUCGUAGCCUUGGCCACACAGGUCAUCAUGGGGGAAGAGGUAGAGCCUGUGGGGCUCAUGACUGGUACUGGAGUUGUGGGAGUAAAGGUCCCCCAGUUCUCGUUCUCCCGCUUGGCGGGUGCUGAUGUGGUGUUAGGUGUGGAAAUGACCAGUACUGGGGAAGUGGCCUGCUUCGGGGAGAGCCGUUGUGAGGCCUACCUCAAGGCCAUGCUAAGCACUGGCUUUAAGAUCCCCAAGAAGAAUAUCCUGCUGACCAUUGGCAGCUAUAAGAACAAAAGCGAGCUGCUCCCGACGGUACGCUUGCUGGAGAGCCUAGGCUAUUGCCUCUACGCCAGCUUGGGCACUGCUGACUUCUACACAGAGCACGGCGUCAAGGUGACAGCUGUGGACUGGCACUUUGAGGAGGCAGUGGAUGGGGAGUGCCCGCCACAGCGAAGCAUCUUGGAGCAGUUGGCUGAGAAUCACUUUGAGCUGGUGAUUAACCUGUCGAUGCGCGGGGCUGGAGGCCGGCGGCUCUCUUCCUUUGUCACCAAGGGCUACCGCACCCGGCGCCUGGCUGCAGAUUUCUCUGUGCCCCUCAUCAUCGAUAUCAAGUGCACCAAACUGUUUGUGGAGGCCCUAGGCCAGAUCGGGCCAGCCCCUCCUCUGAAGGUGCACGUCGACUGCAUGACCUCCCAGAAGCUUGUACGACUACCUGGAUUAGUUGACGUCCACGUGCACCUUCGGGAACCAGGUGGGACACACAAGGAGGACUUUUCCUCAGGCACAGCCGCUGCCCUGGCAGGGGGUGUCACCAUGGUGUGUGCCAUGCCUAAUACCCGGCCUCCCAUCAUCGAUGCCCCUGCUCUGGCCCUGGUCCAGAAGCUGGCAGAAGCUGGUGCCCGCUGUGACUUUGCCCUAUUCCUCGGAGCCUCAUCUGAAAAUGCAGGGACCCUGGGCCCUGUGGCUGGGUCUGCUGCAGGGCUGAAGCUCUACCUCAACGAGACGUUCUCUGAGCUGCAGUUGGACAGUGUGGCCCAGUGGAUGGAGCACUUCGAGACCUGGCCGUCCCACCUCCCCAUUGUGGCCCACGCAGAGCGGCAGAGCGUCGCCGCCGUCCUCAUGGUAGCUCAGCUGGCCCAGCGCUCAGUGCACAUCUGUCACGUGGCACGGAAGGAGGAGAUCCUGCUGAUUAAAGCCGCAAAGGCACGGGGGCUGCCGGUGACCUGUGAGGUGGCCCCUCACCAUCUGUUCCUAUGCCUCGAUGACCUGGAGCGCCUGGGGCCUGGCAAGGGGGAGGUGCGGCCUGAGCUUGUCUCUCGCCAGGACAUGGAGGCCCUGUGGGAGAACAUGGCUGUCAUCGACUGCUUUGCCUCAGACCAUGCCCCCCAUACCUUGGAGGAGAAGUGUGGGCCUAGGCCGCCUCCUGGCUUCCCAGGCCUUGAGACCAUGCUGCCACUGCUGCUGACAGCUGUUAGCGAGGGCCGGCUCAGCCUGGAUGACCUGCUACAGCGACUGCACCACAAUCCUCGACGUAUCUUUCACCUGCCGCCACAGGAAGACACCUAUGUGGAGGUGGAUCUGGAGCAUGAGUGGGCAAUCCCCAGCCACAUGCCCUUCUCCAAGGCCCACUGGACACCCUUUGAAGGACAGAAGGUGAAGGGCACUGUCCGUCGUGUGGUCCUACGAGGAGAGGUUGCCUACAUUGACGGCCAGGUUCUGGUGCCCCCUGGCUAUGGACAGGAUGUACGGAAGUGGCCUCAGGGGGCGGUUCCCCAGCUCACGCCCUCAGCCCCUGCCACCAGUGAGAUCACCACGACACCUGAAAGGCCCCGCCGGGGCAUCCCAGGGCUUCCCGAUGGCCGCCUCCACCUGCCUCCCCGAAUCCACCGAGCCUCUGACCCAGGUCUGCCAGCUAUGUUCCUCCGCCUGGGAGCUGGGAUCCCACGGGGCAUCAGAGCAUGGGCUGAGGAGCCAAAAGAGAAGCCUUGUCGGAAGGCAGCGGAACCAGAGCUGACGGGAACCCCUGACGGCAUCUGCUACCCUCCACCGCCAGUACCUAGACAGGCAUCACCCCAGAACCUGGGGACCCCUGGCCUGCUGCACCCCCAGACCUCGCCCCUGCUGCACUCAUUAGUGGGCCAGCAUAUCCUGUCUGUCCAGCAGUUCACCAAGGAUCAGCUGUCUCACCUGUUCAAUGUGGCGCACACACUGCGAAUGAUGGUGCAGAAGGAGCGGAGCCUAGACAUCCUCAAGGGGAAGGUGAUGGCUUCCAUGUUUUUUGAGGUGAGCACGCGGACCAGCAGCUCCUUUGCAGCAGCCAUGGCCCGGCUUGGGGGUUCUGUGCUCAGCUUCUCUGAAGCCACGUCCUCCGUCCAGAAGGGUGAAUCCUUGGCCGAUUCCGUCCAGACCAUGAGCUGCUUUGCUGAUGUUGUUGUGCUUCGGCACCCACAGCCCGGAGCGGUGGAGCUGGCAGCCAAGCACUGCCGGAGGCCGGUGAUCAAUGCCGGGGAUGGGGUUGGAGAGCACCCCACCCAGGCCCUGCUGGACAUCUUCACCAUCCGAGAGGAGCUGGGGACAGUCAAUGGCAUGACGAUCACCAUGGUGGGCGACCUGAAGCAUGGACGCACAGUGCAUUCCCUGGCCUGUCUGCUCACCCAGUACCGGGUCAGCCUGCGCUAUGUGGCACCUCCCAGCCUGCGCAUGCCACCCAGUGUGCGGGCCUUCGUGGCCUCCCGCGGCACCAAGCAGGAGGAAUUUGAAACCAUUGAGGAGGCACUGCCCGACACCGACGUGCUCUACAUGACUCGCAUCCAGAAGGAACGCUUUGGCUCAACCCAGGAGUACGAAGCUUGCUUUGGUCAGUUCAUCCUCACUCCCCACAUCAUGACCGGGGCCAAGAAAAAGAUGGUGGUGAUGCACCCGAUGCCCCGAGUCAACGAGAUAAGCGUGGAAGUGGACUCAGACCCCCGAGCAGCCUACUUCCGCCAGGCCGAGAAUGGCAUGUACAUACGCAUGGCUCUGUUAGCCACCGUGCUGGGCCGUUUCUAGGGCCUGCCUUCCUCAAACUCUUCUCUUCAGGUCCAGCUGCCAGUGCCCCCUACGGGGGCAGCACAUUCAGUCGGUACUCUGGAGACUCCAGAUAGCUCAGUGCACAUACGCACACACAUACAGACCACGCUUCAGGCUCUGGACAGGAGCUCUCGAGCAGGCUCGGGCCUCAGGUGCUGGAUCCUGUCUGCCCUAUCUCCAUUAUUGCACCUCAAAUCUGUACAGUCACUUUUCUACUGACCUAAUAAACAGCUGAGCUGCCUCUAUUCCUGCUUCCUCAUGUGCAUCAUGCGCUUUAGCCUAGAAUGUAUUAAUGUAUUAGGACAGAACUUUGUUUUAGAAAAUGGGAACAUUACAAGAACAGCCUCACCGGACAAGGUGAGCAUUUUCAGGUCAUGGCUUUAUGAUUCUGGGCAGGAGUGCCCUGCUGCCAGUGCUACACUGACACCAGAGCUGACCUGGGGACUCUGGCCUCCUUCCUCAAUUAAGUUGCACUCAGUCCUGACAAGCAGCCUUUCCUCUUCCAUGAUGUGGGGAGAGCCCGUGAGCUAAUGGUGAAAGGAAGGCGGAGCAGCUGAGGCCUGACUGAUGAGGUUUAUUACCCUCUAGUCCUUCACUCUCCUCGCCUGGUUAAUCUCCUUCAGCAGCUGAGGCUGUUAUUGGGGCCUCAAAACCUAGCCUUAGAAUUCUCCAGCUGCCAUGACUCAGGAGCCCCUUCUACUGUGCCUGAGAGCCUCGGCCUCACACUAUAGACCCUUUAGGACUGGGCUAGGGGCAGGGCCAUAUGCCAUGGGGAGCUGGGGAGCACUUUGGCUUAGAAGCACUGGGGUGGAGUAGCGUAUAUAUCUUUGCAGGUGAGGGCUUUUGUGGGCCUUUCAUAGUGUGUGAGCUAUUCCAUCCUGUGAACCUUAGUGGCAUUAGAGAAACCUCCCUGACUUCUUGUUCCAACAAGUUUUAAUUGAGCACUCGCGGUGCAGAACACUAUGUACAAUGAAAGUGCAAGGAUGAACAAGAUUCUUGCCCUCAAAUUUGAGGCCUCUUAGGUAGUGUGGCAUCUACUGACUUCCACAAACAGCACAUAAUGGUCCAAACUGCUCCAGCACCAUUCAGGAAGAGCCUCCUUCAUGGGAAGAGCUGUGGGGAUGGAAAAGAAGGAACCAGUUUUUUGCAAACAGUGAACAGGAGCUUUACACAUAUCUAAGGUCAUACCAGCCUUACAGCCAUUUUGUAGAUGAGGAAACUGGCUCAGAGUUGUUGUUAGGUGACUUGCCUGAGUACAUAGCUAGGACUUGUAUUAAAAAGGGAAAAGUUAUUCUUAGUUUUAAGGGCAUCCAAAACCAAUGGAAGAGGCAAGCCACACAAAUCUGAAUAGCUAGAAAACAAGUAUAAGAUGUCCAGUGUGUAACCCAUUUGCAGAAAAGAUGAGGACAAGCAGGAGGAGUCCAAGGACCCGCGGAGUCGGGAUUUAAGCUGGUUCCUGAGGAAGGGGCAAGCUUUGGUAGGUGGAAUGGAGGAGGAUGAAUGGAAGUCCUGCAUCUGUAGCAUUGUGAGGAGAUAGAUAGACCUAGACCUAGCAGGGGAUUCUUGAUGGUGCUGGGGUUGACAGCCUGAAAGCCCAGACCAAGAGGCUUGGACUUAGUUCCCAAUAGAAAUACUAGUUCGUAACCACAGGCACUAUUUGAAGAGUGGUAGGACUAGAUAUAAUACCAUCUUCCCCUGGAGAGUUGAGACCUCUUCGUUACCUCUAAUGUUGACCCUUCCGGUCUUUCCAAACCCUGAUCCUGACAAGGUUCAUCUGCUCCUCCAGGUAUCUGGAGGACUUGUUGGAGGACACAUAGUGUGUCAUUUAUAGAAGCCCUCGUGCUCCAUUCAGAGCUUCGGUUUCCCUUUUUAAGCUACCCUAACAAGUCAGAGAUUAUUUUCCCAAGUAGUGUAGAAUCUGUCAUGCACAGAUUCCCACAAAACUCACAGAUAGCCUUGAUCUCAAGUAGCAGCAGCAGUGUUUCCUGCCAAACGGCUUACGCAUUCCACUCAGUUGCUAAGUAGUAGGAGGUGUUCCUGCCUUGAGCCUUUCUUUGGCUUUACUAAUUGUAACACAGCUCUGAGUUGAAUAAACUUCUUGACAACCAGAAAUUAAACCUAAAUUACACUGGAAAUUAAGAUACACUAUCAGCAAAAAAAAAAAAAAAAAACCAGCAGCCCUUUAAA